AUGCCUCGCUCCCUUCCAAAGUCCAGUUUUGCCUCGCGCGAACAGGACGACACCGAAAACGUGCGCGUUCCCCAAACAGCUCCUCCCUCACCGAGUAUCUACAGACGAUCUCAAAGCUACCUCUCCGAAACACAUACCGAAUACCAGUCCCUCGAUGCGCCGUUCGAGGUUACAGAAACAACGAGCCUCCUUGGGCCCGCCCAAGCCUUCCGCCGACGAGGUCCGCGACGGUCUUACACCAGCACCUCCGGGGUUUCGGACACCGGUCCGGACUCAUUUAGACACGUUCUGGCGGCUGGUAGCCUGCGGCGGACGCUAAAUCAUAGCCGUGCCAACUCCAUGAGUAGGGGGUUCAGCCGGCGAGGGAGCAUGGACGGCGACAGCAGACCCGCUAGUCUUCCUCCGUCUAUGAAGGACAAUCUUACUGCCUCUUCAUUUCUGGAUGAACGGACUUGGUAUGAUCAAUUCACUUCCACAGAUUGGGUGCAUGACAGUAUCGCCGAUGGAGCGCGGCUUCGCCUACUCCGUCAGCGGAAAGAUGUGCGAGGCCGAUUGCUGGCGGCUUUCGACGGUGCGCAAGGAUGGAUCUUGGUCGCGCUCAUUGGGUGCAUCACGGCCUCCAUUGCUUACUUCGUCGAUGUCACCGAAGGAUCGGUCUUUGAUCUGAAGGAAGGCUUCUGCACGACCCGGAUUUUCCGCAAUCGAAGGACGUGCUGUGAAGGGCUGGCUGCUUGUGAUGCGUGGCGGUCCUGGUCGAGGAUCUUCUCACCAUCGGGUACAGAAAGCCAGUGGGUUGACUUUGUCAUUUUUGUCUUUUGGGUUGUGGCAUUAGCUCUCAUAUCGUGUGCUUUGACUCUACUCACAAAGACUGUUGUUCCUUCUUCCAUUUCUCUUGCGACGCUUGAUGAAAACCUGGGCGCUGACCCCCGUGGUACAAAAUCUGGGAAUGGCCUUGGUGCCUCGGAUUCUCCUCUUUCGGAGACAGAGACAAGCCCACUACAUGGAACUUUGCCUAAUUAUCCGUCCCGUCCAGCUAUGAUCUACUACUCUGCUGCUGGCAGUGGAGUGGCAGAAGUCAAAGUCAUUAACAGUGGUUUUGUCCUUCAUGGAUAUCUGGGCUUGAAGACACUAGUCAUUAAAACCAUUGGCUUGAUUUUUAGUGUUUCGUCUGGUUUGAGCUUAGGCAAAGAAGGCCCAUACGUUCAUAUUGCUACCUGCGUGGGCAAUAUCUGUUGUCGUCUGUUCGCCAAGUAUAACAAAAACGAUGGAAAGCGACGAGAGGUUCUGAGUGCCAGUGCCGCUAGUGGUGUUGCUGUUGCCUUUGGUGCUCCGAUUGGCGGCGUCCUCUUCAGCUUGGAAGAAGUCAGCUAUUAUUUCCCACCCAAAACCCUUUUCCGGACGUUCUUUUGUUGUAUUGCAGCUACGUUGUCCCUCAAGUUCCUAAACCCCUAUGGAACAGGCAAGAUCGUUUUAUUCGAAGUCCGGUACCUUUCAGACUGGCAAAUCUUCGAGAUUUUCAUUUUCAUCCUUCUCGGUAUUAUGGGAGGCGCCGCUGGUGCGCUCUUCAUCAAAGCCUCGAAUCUAUGGGCACGAUCAUUCCGUCGCAUUCCAGCUAUCAAGCGCUGGCCAAUGCUUGAGGUUUUCCUCGUUGCGUUGUUUACGGGUCUUGUCAGUUUCUGGAAUCGGUACACCAGGCUUGCUGUCACCGAACUUCUAUUUGAGCUAGCUUCUCCGUGUGAAUCAGAUGUGGAAAGUACGGGCCUCUGUCCCCGCACUGACGGCAUUCUUGAAAUUGUCCAGGACCUUCUGGUGGCGUUUGUCAUCAAGAGUUUCUUGACCAUUAUUACGUUCGGCAUCAAAGUUCCUGCGGGAAUCUACGUGCCAUCUAUGGUUGUUGGUGGCUUGAUGGGGCGAAUUGUUGGACAUUUGAUCCAGUACUGGGCUCUUAGACACCCGACUUUUUUCUUAUUCGACUCUUGCCCUGCAGUUGCUGGAAUUGAGUCGUGCGUGACUCCAGGAGUCUACGCAUUGGUUGCCGCUGGAGCGACCAUGUGCGGCGUGACAAGACUGUCGGUUACAUUGCCUGUGAUCCUGUUCGAAUUGACAGGAAGUCUCAACCACGUGCUUCCUUUUUCGCUGUCGGUGCUCUGCGCUAAGUGGACUGCGGAUGCCAUUGAACCUCGCAGCAUUUAUGAUCUCUUGACCGACAUGAACUCCUACCCCUUCCUUGAUAGCAAACUCCAACCGACCACCGAUGCCUUGCUGGGGGAUAUAGUCCGACCAGUGCGGAAGAAUCGCAUCAUCGAUAUCUCUGCAUCACCAUUUUUGCCAGCCACAGACCUCCGUUUGAAACUGGAACACCUGCUCAUGGCAGGCGAGCUAGACAGCGGACUUCCUAUUCUACGGGACGGUGUCCUAGCUGGUCUGAUCCCGGCACCGGAUCUCGAGUACGCACUAGAUACGCUGGGCGAGGAAGAAGAAAAUACGAUCUGUCUGAUGGCCAUGGACGCUUCUUCAGCCGUCUUGGACAGCGAUAACGAGGAUGCCGACGAGGUGGAUUUCAGUCAAUUCAUUGACCCUGCUCCAAUCGCUCUUGAUGUUCAUUCCCCUAUCGAUCUGGUCUACCAAUGCUUCGCCAAGCUAGGUCUUCGUUACCUCUGCGUUACUCGGGACGGAAAAUAUGCCGGCCUGGUACACAAGAAAGCAUUCGUGAAAUUCAUGAAGGAGAAUAGCGACUAG